AUGGUGUUUGUCCGUACCGCGAAGGUUUAUAAGGCAACUCUGAAGCUGUUCUCCGACCGCUAUACGAAGAACCUAGACAGUGGCUGGGAGGAGACGCCAAAAGUCCGUGUUCCGAUAAUCAACUUCAGUCAAGCUCCUACAAUCAACCACGUCUUUCUCGAGUGGCUAAUGCCCAAUACCACCUACAAAACUCCGUAUCUUGACGCUCCGGGGACCCUGAACACUGAACCAGCUGCUACUAGCAGCGUUAGCUACCAGUCGGAUGUCCCUGCAAUGCAAAAUGAUAGCGAUACCGAAGAAUUGCAUUUCGAGUAUACUUUCGCUCAAGAAACGCAGGAGCUAGGCAUCCCAGACGACAAAGUCCCUGACGAAGUCCCGCUGAAAUAUCUAGGACCGACGGGUAUGCUCCGAGCUAGUAUGUGUGCGCUCGACCAGGGGCUCAGUAAACCAUACCGUCCGGUCCAGGCCUAUACACGUCAACAGCUUGUUCCUAAUGGCGAGACCAUCAAGGUCAAGGUUCCACUGUGGCCGGUGGCCUUUGGCUUUCACAAAGGGAGGAAUUCGUCAUGA